GCCCGGUGUGAACCGCGAUAAAUUAAAGCGCCAACCUCUCACUCACACCGCACGCGCACGGCUCUCGCACGCUUCUCCUCGACUCCUCCUUGUCACCUCCGGCUCUCUGCUUAGCUGCGUCCGCGAGGGAGGGAGUUGGUACGAGAAGGCCGGCAAGGAGGAAGAUGGCCGCGAAGGUGGUGUGCGUGACGGGCGCCGGCGGCUUCAUCGCGUCGUGGAUCGUCAAGCUCCUGCUCGAGCGCGGCUACACCGUCCGCGGCACCCUCCGCGACCCAGCUGAUCCUAAGAAGACAGAACAUUUGCAUGCUCUAGAAGGAUCUGCUGAGAGGCUGCAGCUAUUUAAAGCAGAUUUAUUAGACGAAGGGUCCUUCGAUGCUAUAGUUGAGGGUUGUGACUGUGUAUUCCACACAGCUUCUCCGUUCUACAAUAACCCAAAAGAUCCCCAGGUUGAGUUGAUCGACCCAGCAGUUAAAGGAACACUGAAUGUUCUGGGCUCCUGCAAGAAAGCUGCUUCUGUGAAAAGGGUGAUUUUAACAUCAUCAAUGGCAGCAGUUGUAUUCACUGAGAAACCCUUGUCUCCUGAUGUUGUGGUUGAUGAGACAUCAUAUUCCAUUCCAGAACUUUGUGAAAAAGCAAAGGAAUGGUACGUACUGUCAAAGACCCUGGCUGAACAAGCAGCAUGGAAGUUCUCAAAGGACAAUGGAAUUGAUUUGGUGACAAUAAACCCAGCAGUGGUCAUUGGUCCUUUGCUGCAACCCACACUUAACACCAGUGCUCAGAUAAUCCUGUAUCUAAUCAAUGGGUCGCCUGUAUAUCUCAACUACAGCUUUGGCUGGGUGAAUGUAAAGGAUGUUGCUCUGGCGCAUGUACUUGCAUUUGAGACCCCUUCGGCAAGUGGAAGGUACGGCAUGGUUGACAAAGUUAUUCACUUCUCCGAGGUUGUAAAGAUCAUAAAAGACAUGUACCCUUCUCUUCCAGUGCCUGAGAAAUGCGUGGAUGACGAGCUGUUUGCUCCGACAUACCAGGUCUCAAGGGAGAGGAUCACGAGCUUGGGAGUUGAGUUGACCCCGUUUGAGACGAGCCUCAAGGAGACCAUAGAAUGCCUCAAGGAGAAUGGUUUUGUCAGCUUCUAAAGUCAUCCCACCCGUCCUUGAAUAAGCACCGGAGAAAUAAACAAGAUUGCAUAGGGAUUCAAACAUACUACUUAGCAAUGGAUGUGCUACCGGCAGUUUGGUGAUUGCUAUUGCCUCCUGACUCCAGUGCAGUGUCAGUCAAAUAAGUCUAGCACUCUAGCAGAACAGGCAGCGCACUUAAAUUCUCUCCCCUUUGUUGCGGACCAAAGAGGUUUUCCAUAAUUAAUCCAUAUAUAUACUUUCCAUUCUGAAUUGAAUAAUAGUAGUGGCGUCCAGUGCUCUGGUCAAAUUAAGGUCAUGUUUGUUUU